GGCGAUUCUCUCGAACAGAACAUGUCGGAUCCAGUGGCAGACUUUUUGGCUCGUGAGCAGAACGUUUUGGCCGAUAUCGAUGGAGCACCCGUUCCGGAUGUGGCCAAUAUGACUGCGGCAGAUGCGAGAACAACCGCGGCAGCACCAUCGUUACCCGACGACACUGUGCUCGUGGAACCACCACCAAUCGAUAACGGUGUCUCGGCCACAAUGAAUAACGGUAUUUCUCAUUUCACUACCACUGCUAAUCGAUCAUCUAACUGGGAUCCGACUCCAUUUUUCACAUCCACGCAGCCUGCGGCGGCCUUCACCAGUGUUUCGGCUACAGAUCAUCGCGCAAAAUGUCAUGACGAUUUCCACGAUUUCGAGCAUUUGAACGGAGGUGGUGAUUCAGGUGUUGACUUGAGCGCUUUGGAUGCGAUGAACAAUCUGGCUGGAGGUGCCCAAGUUGUGCCACAAAUACGUUCCAGCGCUAGCGCUACCCCAUCACCGUUGACCAUCAACUCGAUGCCGAAAAUUGAGCCUGAAAAGAUCAGAAAAUGGCGUGAAGAGCAUAAGAUUCUUCUGGAGAAGAAAGACGAAGCCGAAGAGAAGAAAAAGAUUGAAAUGCGUGCAGCGGCCAAAAAGGAAUUGGACGAAUGGUAUGCGCAACGAGAAGAGCAAUUGAACAAGACGAAAAUUGCGAACAGGAAAGCAGAAUCGGAGAUUUUAGCAGAUCGUGACGCAUGUGAAGAGGGUGCGGAAUGGGACCGUAUCGCGAAAUUGUGCGAAUUCAACGCAAAGAAUUCGAAGAAUACAACCGAUGUGUCACGUCUUCGUUCGAUACUGCUUCAGUUGAAAUCACACAAACCAUCAUCAAAUUGA